AUGAAAAGAAGUAAAGAAUCGAUAACUAAAAAUCAUAAUCAAGAGGAAAUAAGUAUUCUUCGUUGUUGGAAAUGUAGAAAAUGUAUAGCAAGUUCUGGUUGUUUCAUGGAACAUCUUGAAAAUCAAGUGAUUGAGGAUAAAUGUGAUCCAGAUGGUGCUCAAAAUAUUUGUCAUGUGUGGCACAUGAAUGUAGAAGCCCUUCCAGAAUGGAUAAACUGCUUAAUACAAAAAGCCCAGUGGACAGUUGGAAAACUGAAUUGCCCUUUCUGUGGGGCCCGUUUAGGGGGCUUUAAUUUUGUCAGCACUCCAAAAUGUUCCUGUGGCCAGCUUGCAGCUGUACAUCUCUCCAAGAGCCGGACCGAUUAUCAGCCAGCACAGGCAGACAGACUAAUGAGACCAUCACUGAAAUACUUGUCACAUCCUAGAGUUCAGUCAGGUUGUGACAAGAAAACUCUGCUGACAGGUGGUGGCUCCAAAAACAGAAAUCAUAGGCUUUUAAACAUGGCCCAAAAUAAUAAUGACCCUGGAAGAUUAACAGAAGCACUGUGCCUGGAGGUGCGAUCAACAUAUUUUGAGAUGAAGAAUGAAAAACUGCUCUUCAAAGAACCAGAACCAAAGUAUCAGCUUUUUGUUCCCCAGCUUGUGACUGGCAGAUGCACUACAAGAGCUUUUCAUAGAAAAUCACAUAGUUUGGAUCUGAACAUCAGUGAAAAACUGACUUUAUUACCCACCUUAUAUGAAAUCCAUAGUAAGACUACUGCCUAUUCCAGGCUAAAUGAAACACAGCCUAUUGACCUUUCUGGCUUGCCUUUACAAUCUAGUAAAAAUAGAUGUUCCUUUCAGAAUCCAUCCAGUUUUGAUCCUCAUAUGCUGCUGCAAAGAUUUUCAGUGGCCCCCCACGAGACCCAGACACAAAGAGGAGGAGAAUUUCAGUGUGGUCUAGAAGCUUCUUCAGUGUACUCUGACCAUGCUAGUACUAACAACCUCGCUUUCCUGAUGGACCUGCCCUCGGCUGGCAGGAGCAUGCUGGAGGCCUCGGAGGAAGAAGAGCACCUCUCCCCUCUGGACUUCCUGCACUCGGCCAGUUUUUCAUUGGGCAACAUUAAUCAGAGGCUCAAUAAGAAAGAAAGGAGCAAAUUGAAGAAUCUAAGAAAGAAACAACGAAGGCAUGAAAGAUGGCUACAGAAACAGGGUAAAUACCCAGGAAUGGGAUUGCUGAAUCAAAUGACUUUGAAUAAUGAGAUGAGUACAGAUGAUGACAAUGAAUAUGCAGAAGAAAAGGAUAGCUACAUCUGUGCAGUGUGUUUGGAUGUUUAUUUCAACCCUUACAUGUGUUACCCUUGCCACCACAUCUUCUGUGAGCCCUGCUUACGAACUCUGGCCAAAGACAAUCCUGCAAGCACUCCUUGCCCAUUAUGUCGGACAAUUAUUUCUAGAGUCUUUUUCCAGACAGAACUGAACAAUGCCACAAAAACAUUCUUUACUAAAGAAUAUUUGAAAAUAAAACAAAGCUUUCAUAAAUCCAGCUGUGCAAAAUGGCCUCUACCAAGCUGCAAAAAAGCAUUCCAUCUUUUUGGAGGUUUCCACAGACGUGCAGCUCCAGUUACGAGAAGGCAGUUCCCACAUGGUGCUCACAGGAUGGAUUACCUGCACUUUGAAGAUGACAGCCGUGGAUGGUGGUUUGACAUGGAUAUGGUGAUCAUCUAUAUUUAUUCAGUGAACUGGGUCAUUGGAUUCAUUGUUUUCUGCUUUCUUUGCUAUUUUUUCUUUCCGUUUUAGGAAUUUUCAUACCUUAGUAUUACAGUUGAACAAUCAUAAAUGAUGUAAAUAACAAUUGCUUAAACAUUUUUUAAAUGUGCUUUGAAGUUUUCAUAAUGUUGCAUUAUAUAAAUUGUUGGUGUUUAUAGAAAGCCUGACAAUAAUGGAUUUAUUAAUGUUUUCUUGUAACAAACCAACUUUAUUUAAGAGCUAAUCUAUCCAGCACUUAGCAACAAUGCACUAUUAAUUUCAUAGUUGUUUUGGUUUAGGAUUUGGGGUUCGAAUUUUACUAUGUCACUUUUGUACUUAUUUUAAUUGUAAAGACUGAGGUUUUUCCCUCUUAAAAAUAGUAAAAAUACAAAAAGAAAUGAUAAUCUGAAUAGACAAUAUCUUAACUGAUAAAAUAUGUAGUCAAUCAUUAUUUAUUCUCAAGCAACUUAUAUGCAUUAAAGAUAAAUAACAUUUUCUGGGAACUAAUCUAGCAAUAUCUUUACUUACGUCCCCUUCUAUUACCAAGAAAACUGACUAUCCUUUUUGUACAGAUCUAAUUAGUACAGCAGUUUUAAUUGUUAUAGGCAACAGAAGAGUAAAACUAUGUUAAUACUACAAACUUUGAAACUAACCCCCUCCAAUAGACACUUUAGAGACCUAUAUUAACACUUUCCAAAUUACAGGAUGAAUAACCUGAAGAAAUAAAAAAUUCACCAAUUUUCAGUAGUCUAAAAGAACAAUGCAUGUCCAAAAUAUAAUUAAUUUAUCAUUUAUUUAACUAGAAGAUUGUCAAAUAUAUUGUAAAUGUGCAAUAAAGAAUGGCUUUUUAAUUUUUUAUUGUUAUUAAGUGAUUUGAUGUCUGGAAUAAAGAAUUGUUGGAAAUUA